AUAAAUGCCCAAUGCCAUUAUGCCAAUGUGCCAAUACCCUACAUAAUCUCUCUCUUUCUCGACCAAAUUUACAAUAUGCACCAAGCAAUUCCGUACAGGACGUGGGUGCCGGCCGCUGCGUCUUCCCGCAAGGCACCCGAGGCUUCUGCCGAUGGGGCUGCUGCGAGUGUCGAAAAACUGGUGUCCAAGAACGCGGUUGUGGUUCUGGCGAGGCAUGGGUGUUGUAUGAGCCAUGUUUUGAAACUGCUGUUGUUGGGCCACGGGGCGAACCCGGCCGUCGUCGCCGUCGGUGAGGAAGAUGAAGUCAAUAUUGCCGGGGAGAUUGGGAAAUUUGUCGCCGGCGCCGGAGAUGGGAAUGAGGGAAGAGUGCAGUUACCGGUGGUGUUUGUCGGCGGGAAAAUGUUUGGUGGGUUGGAAAAAGUGAUGGCGGCUCAUAUUGCAGGCGAAUUGGUGCCGGCGUUAAAGGAUGCGGGUGCUUUGUGGCUUUGAUUACAAAAGGGGGAAUUCAAAUUUUCAUAAAUCUUGAAUUCCCAUUGGAUUAAAUUUCUGAUUCAGAGGAGAUUCAAAGUCAUGUAAAUUAUUUAAAGUAAAAAAUUAUAUAUAAAAAUAAGCACACCUUUUUCUCCCU